CGCGGGCCCGGCGGCGCGGCCAUGCAGGGCCAGCGGCAGCGGGGGGCAGGCCCUGGCCGCUCGCGCCCUCCCGGCCGGUGUCCCCGCGACCCCGCGGAGGGGCUGAGGACCGGCCCCCGCCCCCCGGGCGGCCCGGAGCCCGCGGAGCACGGCAGCGCCUGGGGGGAGUUCGAAGGCUUUCAGGAGGCCCCGGCCAAGGCUGGACAGUUCGCGGCAAACUCGGAGGCCCCGGAGAGCCCCCCGCAUCCAGGGCGGCAGGCUGGGGGGACGGGAGCCGCGGGCAGCUCGCCUCGUGAGCUCGCGCUCAGCUACGCGGACGUUUUCAGGUCUGCGUUUCAAGAAGUCCCGGUCCCGCAGGCCGCUGAAGGCAUCUCCCCCUUAGACCACGUCUUAGACACAAGCAGCGAAGGGGAGCCUGGCUGCGAGCCUGUACACACACCGUGUUCUGAAUCUAGAGAACUCUGGAGAGCCCUUCAGAACACAACUGGCAUGUCGGCCUCUCGAUGCCUCUGGAGCAAGUCCCGUUGCCAGGAAAACUUCUUUCUUGUUCUUGGGAUAGAUGCUGCUCAGAAGGACCUUUCCGGAGACCUGGGUCACAUUCCGGAAUGCUCCGACCUCAAAGAGCCUGAAGAAGCGGGCGCGCCCUCCCGUCUGCAGCCCUGCAGAGCCCUGAUCCAGACCAAGCUCUCGGGGCCGUCCGGCGGCAGCCAGGGGAGCCUGCUUGCCUGCAGCCUCUUUCUGAAGACGCCCUUACGCAGAAACGGGCAGUACGUCCCAAUCCCAUGGAAAAAGAAGAUUUUCAAUCCACGUACCCUGAAGAUCACCUUGUUUCAUAGUGACGUCUGCUGAAACAGGAGUACUUGGUAUUUUUAUGAGGAAUUUUAUGUUUUCUUACUGGCUCAGCCGGGUAGCUGGAGCCCGGGACCGCGUCGUGGGCAUGUUUCCUGGGACGCCCGGGGCAAACCUGUCCUGCGCCAACGGGCAGGGGUCUGACCGCUUUAGAAGACUGUGUCCUCGGGCAGAGCCUUCUCCACAGGAAGGGGCCGCCCAGGGUCCCAGGAGCUCCGCCCCCGCCUGAUACGGACCACGGUGGCAUGAGGGGCCUGGCUGCCAGCGUGGCACCGCCCGGGGCACACCAGGCUGGACCGUCACGGAAGGCAGCCGUUUGCAGCUCAGGAAGUCCCAUUGCAUUGCUGUCACCUGGGGCAGGGCACCUGGUGGGUCAGAGCGAAGCGUGAGCACCUGCCUGCGGCUCUGCUCAGCCGCCUGGCUCUGCGUCCGGAUGUCCCCGCGACUCUGCGCAAGCUUUGCUGGUUCUGGCUGAGGCACGGGUUUUUGUAAAAUUUUAUUAAAUAAAGUGGCCUGGAUAAGC